UUAACAUGUAUUUUCAUAAUCGACGAUCGAUGUGUGUUUUCCACUGUCCCUUCAAUGCUUUUUUAUUACUUUGGUGCUUUUCCUAAGUACUGAUGAGAAUUUGAAAAUUGUUAAAAAAAAAUGUUGAAAUAAUUGAAUUGGGAUGUGGGUUUUUACAUAAUUACUGUUUUGACAAGUAUGUAUUCUGGUAUUGUGAACAACAUGAAAGAUUACGUCUCUCAAUCUAAAUUUACUUUCAUAUUCGACGAUCGACGUGUGCUUUUCCAGUAUCUUUUCAAUGCUUCUUGAUUAUUUUGAUGAUUUUUUUGAAGUACUGGAUAGGAAUUUGGAAAUUGUUAAAAUGUUGAAUAAUUGAAUCGGGAUGUGGGUUGUUGCUUAAUUACUGUUUUGACAAGUACACGGAGAAUCAUGUAAGAUUACAGCUCUAUUUUUAUUUUGUGUCUCUUCUUUCAAAUCGCUUAUGCAAUUUUCUAUUUAUUUAAUGUUCAUGGAGUUCAUAUAUUUACUUCCUUAUGGCGCCAAAGUACAAAAUCUGACAUAGAAAUCUACAUGGAAAAUCAUAUCCAUUUUGAUAAUUGUGUGUAUACUGGAAACAUAAUCAUCAUAUCUUAUGUUCUAGAAGAUCUAAAGGCCACAUUUGACACUAACUAGCUUUUUCUAUUGCGGGAGAGGAUCGAAAUUAAUGUACUUAAAGAAGUGGAUUAAACAUUUAAUCCCAGAAGUGUAACAUUUUAAUUACUUGGAGGCCAACUGGUAACUAUUACCAAAAUUGUAUGGAAUAAUAAAUUAAAGUUAUCGUAUACCAUUAAAAUUCUUCUAUCCUUCUUCAGGUUUAGUGAGUAGGAAAUGGAUGGCUUGUCUUGUCAGUGCUGAGAAUUUACUAACUUAGGGAUAUUAAUGCUUUCCGAAGAACUCCCAUAAGGAAAUAAUAACGAUCUGCAAGAUGCCACCCUGCUACCACCAUUUUUUCACUAGAUGCAUUAAGCAAGAGCAGCUUAUCCAGCUUGCCUUUUAUUUUAUGUUUCUGAUUCCAGUGCCUGCCUCUGUUGCCAAAAUACUAGAUAUCUUCUAUAUCUAACUUUUGGGGGGUAACCAAGGUUAAAUUGCGAAUUCAUCAACGUACUUGGCAUUUUGGAAGGAUGUGUUUUAGCCUCUCUACAUUUAUGAACUCUAUAAGCCAAUACACAACUCCAGGAAUAUUAAAUACAUUUUCAGUUUAAUUCCAGAAAUCUAAUGCAGUAAUCGUGUUUCAGUGAAAAUUCCGUCAAUUUUUGGGUUCUGAAGGAUCUAAUCCAGGCUUGGGUUUCAGUCACUUGAUAUUCCAGCACAAUCAUUGUGAAUUGUCCCUGCCGAGCUUCAUCUUGCUUACCAAGGCCCCUUUCUGUUUGUCUAAUAGAGGAGCUGGAAUGAAAAACUUAUGUUUUUUGCUUUUAUGUUGAUACCUGCAAAAUAUUGCUAUCUGUUGAUAUGUGCUCACUUAGAAAUUCACUGGUUCUUUAAAAUCAGUCGACCGCUAUGCCACUAUUACAGGCCCAAACAACAUGUCCUUCAGUUUGAAAGGAACGAGGAAAUCAUCGGCCCCAAAAAGGACACUCACUCUUCAAGCAAGUUACAGAUUAGCAACGCUUUAGCUGGUGCUACUGCUGACAAAAAGGAUCUUAUGAGGAAAUUGCCCAAAUUUAUCUACGAUGAAGAAAAAGCUUUGGAGAGGCAACGGAAGAAACUAGCUGAGAAGAUCGAACAGCUAAACUCAGCCAUAGACAACAUGUCCAAUCAGUUGCGAGCUGACGAACCUUCAAAUGGAGCGGCUGUGAACGUGGAUGAUAUGGAAGUUCUCAUAUAAGACCAUUUUGCUGUUCUCUUUGGAACUUGGCUCAUCGUCUUAAAUAGGCUGUAAUUUUGAGGAUGCUCAUCGUUGCUUUUAUAGUCAAGUUGUUGGUUUUUUUAUCGGUUGUGGAUCUGCAUAAUGAUAUUUCAACUUGUUAUUUUCGUUUCUUCAUUGCCAUGAAACAUUUGACCAUAUUGUAAUAUUGAAGUUCAUAGAAUGGAAAACAUUAAUAAUGUUUCAAGGUUGUUGAUUUAUUCAAUGUUGGGUUGUUUUCA